GACAGCAUGCUGAGGGAGCUGGAGAGCAAGACUGACCAGGUGGCCUCCUCUAUACACUCACUCCCAGCAAAGCUGCAGCAAACAGCAACUCAGAGUCAAGAAAUAUAUAACGAGCUGCCAGAGGUGAAGAGUGCGGUGACAAACCUCGGGGCAUCGAUGACUAGACUGUCAACGGAAAUACAUGGUGCAGUUAGUCUACAUGACCAGAGGCUGCAGGGACUUGAAGUGGCCGUGAAUAACAUGUCAUCCUCACUAGACACGAUUCCCUCUCAGCUGCAACAAACGGUGACACAAGAGGGUGGCAGGAUGACCUCUCUGGAACAGUCAGUCACAAGACUCUCCACCUCUAUGAACGCAAUGUCUUCUGACCUCCAGGAGAAAGAUCAAAAACUCAUGACAGCACUGGCUAACCUCACAGCUGAGAUCUUGAGCAUCAAGCAGCAUAACGUUACUUUCAAGAACCCUUGCCAGAGCAACUGGAUUGCCAAGGGGUCCAGUUGCUACCUCUUUUCUUCUAACAAGCUGGCCUGGCAUGCUGCUAGAGACUAUUGUAGGACACAAGGAGGCUUGCUCCUAAUCUUAAACGAUGCAGAGGAGUGGACAUUCAUUACCACAAACUCGGUACCUGAAUACUACUGGGUGGGCCUCACAGACGAGAUCAAUGAGGUGUGGCGAUGGGUGGACGGCACUCCGCUUGUGAUGGAUAAAAGCCAGUGGGAGCCUGGCCAGCCAGACAACUGGACACACCAUGGUCUAGGGGGAGGAGAGGACUGUGCAUCACUGGAGGAUCAAGCCAAGCUGAACGAUGCCCACUGCAUAGAACCACGCAGAUACAUCUGUGAGAAAGCAGCCGCUGAAGUCUGAGAAGGGGCCUUUUUGUCAUGACGUCAUACCUUCGAUUCAAUGCAAUCGAAGCAAGUGGCAUCCGGUGACAACUACACAUGUUACCGUUUAUAGUUUUCUGUCUGAAACUGGUAAUCAUUUAGCCUGAUAAACCAGCCUAAAUGUGAGACCGGAGUAAUUUAGUCUGGCCCCGAUGAACGAUACCUCCGAAGAUGGUUGAUGAGAACAACCUGUUGUUUUUUCAAACCGUGCCGGCACUCUGACCAAUCGGUGAUCUUUGCCGUUGAUGUACUUUCCCAACGGUGUUGCGAGGUUCGUCGUCACUUCCUCAAAACCCCGGCCACUUUAAUUCAAAACAAAUCGCUGCGUUGUGAUUGGUUUUGCCAGACUCAGGGCACAGCGUUCAAAACGUUCUCAGAUCCGAGGCCAGACCCACUCACUAGCUGAACAAUUUCGGCGUCCAGCGGGUGGCGUUAGUUUACCAGGCUAGUAAUCAUUUAUACAUGCAUCGCUUCAAAAAACUGAAUUUGUUUGACAUCAUUAUGAGAAUUUAGUAGAAAGUAGGUGGGGCACAAGUGUCAUCCGGUGACAAGGAUACAUGUUAGUAACAGUUACAUUUUUUAGUUUUCUGUCUGAAACUGGUAAUCAUUUAUACAUGUUUCGCUUCAAAAAACUGCAUUUCUUUGACAUCAUUACGAGAAUUUAGUAGAAAGUAGGUGGGGCAGACUUUCAAGAUAUUUCGGCUCCACACACACACACACACACACACACACACACACACACACA